GAAGUCCUAGGGCUGGUGGACAUGGUUGCCCUGGAGAAUGGGGAGCUGGGGCCCCUUCUGUCCCCCGGCACCCUGCUGGGUUUGGAGGAUGAGUGUGUCACAGAUGUUAAGGCUCAGACACGGGCAGCCCUCCUUCGAGUACUGCAGGAGGACGAAGAGCGAUGGGGUGGUGUGACCGAUCACCCCAGCAACCUGGCCCAGGAUGUGUGUGAGCUGCUGGAACAGCACACAGAGAGAGCCCCCCGCAUCAGCAAGGAGUUUGGGGAACGCAUGGCGCACUGCUGCCUGGGGGGGCUGGCGGAGUUCCUGCAGAGCUUCCAGCAGCGCGUGGAGCGAUUCCACGAGAACCCAGGAAUCCGGGAGCUGCCACCUGACUCCUACAUCAGCAGGACCAUCGCCCUGGUCAACUGUGGGCCCCCCCUGAGGGCUCUGGCCGAGCGCCUGGCCAGGGUAGGACCCCCCGAAAGUGAGCCUGCCAGGGAAGCUUCAGCCAGCGCCCUGGACCGUGUGACCCGGCUCUGCCACCGUGUCCUGGCUGACCUGCUGUUCCAGGAGCUGCAGCCGCACUUCAACAAGCUGAUGCGCCGGAAGUGGGUGAGCAGCCCGGAGGCCCUGGACGGCAUCGUGGGGGCGCUGGGUGCUCAGGCCCUGGCCCUGCGCCGGAUGCAGGAUGAGCCUUACCAGGCGCUGGUGGCGGAGCUGCACCGGCGCGCGCUGGUGGAGUACGUGCGGCCCCUGCUCCGCGGGCGUCUGCGCUGCCGCUCCGCGCGGACCCGAGGCCGCGUGGCGGGGCGGCUGCGGGAGGACGCGGCGCAGCUGCAGCGCCUGUUCCGGCGGCUGGAGUCCCAGGCUACGUGGCUGGAUGCGGUGGUGCCACACCUGGCUGAGGUCCUGCGGCUGGAAGACACACCCAGCAUCCAGGUGGAGGUCGGGGUGCUGGUGCGGGACUACCCAGACAUCAGGCGGAAGCACGUAGCAGCUCUCCUGGACAUCCGCGGCCUACACAGCACGGCCGCCCGCCAGGAGAUCUUGGCGGUGGCCCGGGACCUGGAACUCUCUGAGGGUGGAGCCCUGUCACCUCCUCGGGACCGAGCUUUCUUCUCCGACAUCCCUGUGCCCCGCCCGUCUUUCUGCCUCAGUUUCCCUCUCCUCUUGGGUCACCUCCCUGUCUCCCGGCUGGCCAGGCCCAGUCUGGCCUGUCUGCCCCUGCGGCCUCGGCCUCCAUCUCCAGCCAGGCCUCGGGCCCGCCGCUGAGGCUCCCCUCCCAGCCCCUCGCCUCAGUGUCCCCCAGUCUGCUGCUGAUGCGCCAUCCUCCCCUGGGGUCCCCUAUGACUCUCUGCCUGGGACUCAGAGCCCUGGGAUGGAAGGGGCCUCAGA